GAACUAUUACAAAUUACAAUAGUAUGACACAUAAACACUUUAAAGUUGGUUUUAUUCAUUCAAAAUUAUGUGUGUCUGAAUUUAUAUUGAUUAUUUUGUAAACAAGGAUAUAAAGUAAAGACUGAAAUGGAAAACUGUGGACCAGAAUUGAGGGAUGACGUCAUUCGCUUUUUACGCCUUGCAUGCCUUUUGUUACAUAUAUCACCACGUGCUCUCAGGAGAUACUUUGACCUUGAAUUUCAUCCUGACAAACUUCAAGCAUUACUGCUACAGAACAAGAUUAAAAUAUUCGAACUCAAAGAGAGAAGAAUAAUAACUCAAACACAAUAUGAUUUAUUAUAUCCAGCAGGUGAAGUGUCCUCAAAGAACUUUGACAUGACUUUAAUGACAUUCCUAUUGCGAAACUUUACGCAUUUAAGUUUUUCCGGGAAACUUCCACCUGACCAUUUGAUAAAUCCCGGAUCUGACAUUUCACGGUUGGGACACUACCGAAAUGUAAUUGUCCACUCAAAAGAUGGAUGUGUUUCAGAUGACGAAUUCCAUACAAUUUGGCGCUGUGUUUCACAGGCUAUUGGAAGACUUGCACAAGAAGCAAUGGGCAAUGGCGAAAUUUCAUUUCUAUUAGAAUCCACCCUUUCCGGUUCUAUUGAUAUCGAUUCAAUUCAACAGGAAGUUAAUCAACAAAAGCAGUUGGAUGAAUUGACAGAAAGAGUAUCAAAAUUAGAAACAGAGAAUAUAAAUCGAUCAGAAAUAAGAAGAAAGACAAUUUCAAAUUGGUUAGAAGAAGAGAACAAAUUUGUUAUAACAAAGAUUUCAGAACUCGUUACUGAAACAUUAACUAAACAAAAAGCAGUUAUCCUAGUGGGACACCCAGGAUGUGGGAAAUCAGCAACUGCGAAGCAUGUGGCGUUAAAGUUACGAAGAGAGGAAGGAUACGAAAUUGAAGAAGUAGAUCAGCCUGAUGAAAUUGUCAAAUAUUACAAUUCGAACACUAAACAAUUAUUUCUAAUAGAAGAUAUAUGCGGCAAAUUUGCAAUUGAUCAGCACAAAGCUGAUCAAUGGACAGAAAAUGACUCGAAAAUUGAGAAAUUGCUACAGCCAAACACCAAUAAUAAGUUUAUUAUUACAACAAGAGUUAGUAUUUACAAGAGUGAAUGUUUUCCGCAGCUAAAAUGUUUAGACAUUCAAGAGUGUAAUUUUGCAGGUACGACAAAACUUUCAAACGAGGAAAUGAGAUCAAUAGCACUAUCUUAUAUCCCUAGAGACACAGCUGUCAGUAUAGACGACUCAACAUUUGAGCAAUUUCCGUUUUUUCCUUUAAUGUGUAGGAUUUACACAAAUAUGACAGAACAAGAUCCAAAUUUCUUUAAAUAUCCGAUCAAACUUAUAGAAAAAGAGGUCAAUGACAUUAAGCAGAGACACAAGUCUUCGUUUGUUGCACUUUGUUUAUUGGUUCUUCACAACAAUGCCUUAGAAAAAAAAAUGUUCAAGUCAAAUUCAUCAGGUAUCACUAAUUGUGUAGAAAUGAUUAUUCUUGAAACUGAAGUAGAUUAUGUUCUUUCAUUAGUAAAAGUUGAGCAGAGUCUUAAACACAAGCUCCAUCUUUUUGUUACAGAAAAUGAAUCGGAAUAUGUCGCGAUACAUGAUAAGAUGUUUGACAUCAUAUCAGUUAUUAUUAUUCCAUUAAUGUUCAAUUGCGUCAUCAAAUUUGGUAACAGUUCGUUGCUGUCAAGUCGGAUUCAGUUCCGUUCACUCGAUGAAAAGCCUAAUGAUUUUGUACAGCUUCUACCCACUGACCUCGAAAGUACCUACUUUGACAGGCUUCAUUUGGAUAUAGAGCAAGGGUGUCAUUGGGAUGUGUUCGGUAACAUACAAACACGUUUCAAACAAUACCGACAACUAUUUUUAAACAAUUUCAGCAAGAUGCAGUUAAAGGUGACCACGGUGGGAAAUGAUGGUUCAACUCCGUUAUUUGUUUCAGCAUAUAAAGGAUAUCAAGAUUUCGUCGAAUAUCUAGUAGAUAAAUUUCCAGAACAAAUUGUACAAAGAGAUGAACACAAAAGAUCACCUCUAUAUAUAGCUUGCAAACAAGGGCAUGUAGGAGUUGUUAGAUAUCUGUUGCUCUUUGACAAAGAUGUCCAUCAACUUCAAAAUCGUAACUGCACUCCAUUUUAUAUAUCUUGCCAGAUGGGACACGUAGAUAUUGCUAAGCUUUUAAUACAGCACGAUUCAAAAUAUCAAAGUGAGAUGGACCAAUAUAAAACUAAAACUAGUGCUCCAUUACAAAAAGAUGAUAUGACAAAAGGAAGACACGAUAUUCUUAUUAACAAGCCAAUGGACACAGGACUUACGCCGUUGAUGGCUGCAGCAUAUAAAGGUUAUGUAGACGUGGUUACAUUUCUACUAGAUGUCAAUGUUGCGGUAGAUAGCGCUGACGACAAUAAAUCGACCGCCCUUCAUUACGCCUGUAUAAACAAUCAUGCAGAUAUUGUACGUUUGUUAGUCAGUUAUGGAGCUGAAGUGGAUCCGAUUGAUCAGUGGCAUCAAAGUCCAUUUUAUAUUUCUUGCUCUUAUGGUUACAUUGAUAUCAUCAAACUAUUACUCUUUGGUAAUAAGCCUAUCAAAAGAAGUAUUGGUAGCAAAAAAGGUAUAUCACUAUCAUCGGACAAUCCUUCAUUAUGUUUUCCUUUCAGUCAUCAUAACCUUCAAAUAAACAAAUGUGUUGAUCUGAAUGUUAUGGACUUCGAGGGUGAUACCGCUUUACACGCUGCUUGCUAUAACGGACACAUUGAAGUAGGGAAAUUAUUGAUUGAAAUGGGGAUGAAUGUAAAUGUAGUUAACUACAAAGGACAAACGCCUCUCUUGAUGGCUUGCGCAAAAGGAUUCUUUAAUAUAGCAAAAUUUUUAAUUGAUAAUAAUGCUAAUAUUAAUCAAAGCGACAAUGAAAAGUUUACGCCUUUGUUUUAUGCGUCGCAAGGUAAUUUAGAUACUGUCAAAUUAUUGAUUAAACACAACUGUGAUGUCAAUGCUAAAAACUGUGAUGAUAUAUCCGCUUUACAUAAAGCAUGCAGCAAUGGACACGCAAAAAUAGUUGAUAUACUUAUAGGUAACGGUGCAAACAUAAACGCAUGCGGCGGAGGGGGUAAAACGCCUUUAUUCUAUGCUGCAAGAAAUAAUAAACUUGAUGUGAUAGAACUUCUUUUAAGUCGCGGAGCCAAAGUUAAUUAUCGGGAGGGUGACGGAGGUACUCCUCUUCAAGGUGCUUGUAAAUACGGGCACAGAGAUGCAGUAGUCAGUCUCUUAAAGUACGACGCUGAUGUAAAUGCUGCGCGUUGUCUACAAAUUAAACCAAUGGUCCUAGCAAAAGAAGGUGGUUACUAUGACAUCGAAGAGAUCCUGCAGGAACAAUUAAAGAAAAUGAGAGUGUAAUUAAUCUGUUUAUGUAUCAAAAGUUAUAUUUCAACUGUCGAUAACGAUCUUCUCCUUUAGCUGUACUCCAAUUUGGAAACCCCGUUUGAACUAUUUUUGAAGCAUAUGUUAUGGCAUUGUAGUUUUGUUGAACACAUCGAUGUCAACAUAUGUUACGCAUGUGCUCCGAAUAUACAUAAAUUUAGUGUGCUUCGAUUUGCACAGCUGUUUUAAAAUGCAGUUGUGAUUUUAGUUGUGAGUUUGUUUAAUUAAUUCUUCCAUUUUAGUGCUCGUCAACUGAAACACAAAAGUGAAGUUAACUUUAUACUGUAUGUGUACAAACUUAAAUUAAGAUGUAUAAAAAAACACUACAAGAUUUUUUUUGGAAUUAGAAUACUAUAUCUAUCUCGAUAUAUUUUGAUAUUUAUGGGUUUUUUAAUUUUUUUAAUUUUGAGGCGUUUACUUAAGCUGUUAAAACAAAAGGGAUCAAUUUAUUUAUCGAGUUGGUUUUCUUCUUUUUACAAAUAAUGUAUUGAAUAAAAUUAAAGGAGGAUUGUUUUGUAAAUACUAAACAUUUUUGAAAGAUUAAUAACUAACUUACCUCGAACUUUCAUCAAUAUGUUAUCUGGGAUUGAAUGAUUUUUUUUAGUUAUUAGAUUAACUUAUUAACAUGGAGAUAUCUAUCAUUUUUCAAAGAAUUUCUUUUAGAUGUAUAAAAAAAAAUCAAAAAAAUCAACAUUAUAUUUUUACAUUUUAACACGUCUGUAUAGACGGGUUUAUCUAUAUUUGACCUAGAAAACAUGGGCGCAUUCAUUAAAAUCUCACGUGACCGAUCAACCAUUACAGCCGUGAAAAAUAACGCACGUGCAUUGAUAAAAACAUUAUCGAUUUUCUGUUUACAUUUGUAUUUCUUUCAUUUUCUGAUUUAUUUUACUAUGGAUAGUACUAGUGCCGAACGUAUUAAAAAUCUGGAGGCAAUUCUUGUGCAGCUAAUAGUUGUACAAAUAAUCGUAGAAAACUUCAGAUGUAGAAAAAUCAAUGUGUGAAUUACACAACGAGUUGCACAAUGACUGUCCUUGACAAACUUACAAAACUUGAAUGGAUCAAAGCUAUUAACAGCAAAACUUUGCCUAAACAAGUUUAUGGAUGUUCCGAACAUUUUCUUGAUGGUGCGUCGACUACAAGAAAUCCGUUUCCCAAAUUUAAACUUGGUUAAGACAGUAAAGUUACAUGAAUGAAUCUGAUGACGAUAAUGCAUCUACCUCUACUUGUUUUGAAGCUCUAGACAUGUCUGCAAAUAAUGACAAUGAAACGUAUCCCGAUGCUAUAUGUAGUUUUAAUGUAACUUAUCCAGAAACUGUAAACGAAUAUACCCAGUAUGAAGAGUCGGACUUCCUAAUUCAUGACGACCAUCCCUAUGCUGAAAAGUGGUCAGACAUUCAUUCAACGUCAACUCAGACAAAACUUUUAUUGACAGAGGAGAAAGGAGUUCAGAAUAAAAUAGAAGGGUGGAUCAUUUCAGCGAAUACAAACAUUGUGACUGACAGUGACGCCUUACUAUAUGUAAUACCAGCCAGAUACAUGUAUAUAUAGACAGGAUAUUUACUAAACUAAACAGUGUGUGUAUGAGUUGCACCUUCAAUAAAAAUAUAUAUAUAUAUAUAUAUAUUUAUAUAUAUUUAUAUAGUGAAACAAGGGGGAGGCCACAAGCCUGGUUCAUGUAUCCCGUCUCUUGAUCAAUCUUUGUGAACUGGUUUUGCUCACAUAUAUCAGUGCUUAUUUCACUCUUGCUUUAAAACGUUUUUUUCCGAUGCAAGAAUUACCAAAUACCUUUGACACCAUUGCAAACUACCUUUACCAAUGUCAGUUUCAUUCUAUUUUUUUCACAUUCAGGUGCAAAUACACAUGUAUAUAUAUAUAAUGUUAGUUGUGUAAUGCAGGGCCCUUCUUCAGUUUAUAACUCACAAUUCUUUUCCAAUGUAUGCUUUU